AAAAGAAGAUUUAAUGAGGUUAUGUUAUCAACUGUUGCUUGUUUUGUUUAUUUUUAAGCAUGCUUAAAGUUUUUAAUUAAUAAUAACAUUAUUCAUCUGCAAAAUGAAAACAUUUAAAAGUGCUGCAUGGGAUUCCGAUGCGAAUACAUCGACAUUCCAGGAAUUGUUUCAGAAAAGUAAGAAGAUUAAGAACACAAUCGACAAGAGUAGAAAGGAGGUGAAGAAAAAUGCGAAGGCUCUGGAAAAACGAAUAAAGAAAAAAUUGAACAAAAAGAAUGCUGCUGUUACUGACACGAAGAAUUUAAUCAGUACACCUGAAGAACUGAUGACUCAAAGUAAAAAAAGAAGACUCAGGAAGAUGAGAGCUAAAUUAAAAAAGGAUGAUAGUAAUAAUUCGCAGACUGAUUUAUCAUCUUUGGUUAGUGUUAAAAAAACUAAACCAAAAAAAAUUAAGUCUAAACCAGUUAACGAAGAAAUUAAAUUGGUUCUGGCAACUCCGGAAGAGAACCAGGAAAACCCACAACCAAAGAAGAAGAAAAAGAAACCGAAGAAAAUCAAAACUGAGAUAGAAAACGAGCCGAAAAAGCCAACAAAGACUUUCAAAAAGAGCUUAAACAAACUCGUUUUCAGCGACCACUCGUUUACUGAAAAACUACUAGAUACACCUGAAGACGCACACAAAAGCAACAAGAAAGAAAAGUUCUACAACAAACUGAAAGUGGCCCUUAAUUCGACCAAAAAAUCCAAACCAAUGGCAACGCUGCGACAGAAGAUGAUAGAAAAAUUAAAAUCGGCCCGAUUCCGUUUCAUCAACGAACAAAUCUACUCGACUGACAGCAAAGAAGCGAAAAAGCUGUUCGAAGAAGACCCUGAAGCCUUCAAGUCCUAUCACGAAGGGUACAGAAACCAGGUCAAGAGUUGGCCUGUCAAUCCCUUGGAUUUGAUUAUCGAAAAAAUUAAAAAGCUACCGAAAACCAACGUUAUAGCUGAUUUCGGAUGCGGAGAUGCCAGACUUUCGAAAUCCGUAGUCCAGAAGGUCCAUUCGUUCGAUCUAGUAGCCACUGAUGACUCUGUAGUCGCCUGUGAUAUGUCCAAAGUGCCAUUGGAAAAUAAUUCCGUGGAUGUUGCUGUGUUUUGUCUGUCGCUGAUGGGGACGAAUUUGAGGGAUUAUCUCUUCGAAGCGAACCGGGUGCUUAAAAUAGGAGGUGUAUUAAAAAUAGCGGAAGUUGAAAGUAGAUUUGAGGACGUCGAGCAAUUCAUAAAAGGAGUUCAACAUUUCGGUUUCAAGAGCAUGUGGAAGGAUUUAUCGCACAAUUUGUUUUAUUUUUUGGAUUUCAAAAAGGAGAAGGACGUUAGGAAUAAGAAUAAAUUGCCGACGUUGAGUUUGUUGCCUUGUUUGUACAAGAAAAGAUGAAUCUUGUCGAAUAUAA